UUUGGCGUGCCGAAAAGCACAAAUUCGACUCUGAUCCCAAAAGGAUAAUGUGGAUUAGGCGAUAACCCCCACGGCUUUCAAUAUAGCCUGCCUCAGACAUUGUGUGGUCUUCCGGGCUAUUUCCAUGCGAUUUCUUGGAAGCGAUUUUUAUCAAGAGGGCCGGCCGGAUCGACGGGCAAAGUUCAGUGCGUUAACCGGCGGGCCUCCACUCGACUGAUAAGUUUGCCAUAUAUCAAUAUGCCAGCGAUUAGCUGCUGGCUGGCUAUUGGCAGUUGGAAAAUGUAAACAUGGGCAUACAUAUGGUUAUUUGCUAAUCCAUUCAUUUGUGGGGUCUAUAUUAAUAGGCGUCUGCUUGCAUAAAUUAAUUUGCACAUUUUCGCCUUCAAUCCGAUAAGCGAUACGUGUAUUUGAUGUACUGUACCUAACGUACUCCCAUCAAGUGCGAAUGUACCCCAAAUGAUUAAGGAUAGUAAUAUAUGAAAGUAUAUACACAUACAAUAUCUGUUAAGUACUCCAAUUUGCUAAGAUCUACAUAUAUGUCAGUUCUUUGUUUCAAAUGUCACCGAAAUGAGUAUCGAUGUUUUCAACUGAAAAUCAUUUAAAAUCGAUUGCACUUGACAACGAUGUUUUUGCAGCUCUAGCAAAUAUAUAGUUAUUCGCCCUAUAGAAGUUCCACUGUCCACCUAUACGUAUGUACAUUUUUGGCAUUACGUCAAAAUUAUUGUGGCAAAAGUUGGCAAGACAAUCACACAAUGUCAAUGGCCGAAACGCUGGACUAUCUCAUCCUGGGCAAUCCAUUCAGUCAGAUUGUCAUCGCGUCGGCGAACGCCGUCUUGGAGAGCAUCGGACUGGAGGAUUGGAAAAUGCCAGUGGAGGAUUCCGUCGUGGCACUGCAUCCUUCGGCGCAAUCGUAUAUGCGUUCGCAUAGCUCACUGUACUGCCUCGCCGGAUAUCAUUACCAUUUUAUGCGGCUAGCCGGGAUCGGCGGCGCAUCGGCCAUCUUUAUGAGUGCCUACUGCAAGUAUGUGCUGCGGGACAUCGAAAGCAUCAGGGAGCAACUGGACUCGCAGGCGUUUGCCGAUGUGGCCAAUCGCAUCCACUUCCUGCACUCCUUUGCCCUGAUGGCCAUGCCCCUGGCCCAUUAUCCAUUCCUUACCGGCACCCUGAUGAUCACCGGGACCCUCGCCUUUAGCGGCUCCAUGUACUAUCGCGCCCUAACGGGUGAGAAAUGGAUGCAGCCGUAUGCCACACUGGGAGGAUUCUGCCUGAUGGCCGCCUGGUUGUCAUUGGUGCUAUAGAAGUCACCUUGUCCAAGUCGAUCUCAAUCCACUUAGUUUGCUGGCAGUAGCAUAUAGUAAAUAUAGUCAGUCCUAAAAGUGAAGUCUAGCAGAGCUGGGCAGCCGGUGGAAGACACUUUUAUGAUAUAUGUAUAUUGCUAUGAUCUGUUUUGCCCAAUAUAAAUCAAAUAAACAAUAAAUAAUAGACGACAGUACCAUGUAAGAGGCUUUUACUUUUUUCAUUGAAUGUCUCAGAGUUUCCAGUUUCAAAUGCAGGCCUCCUACU